AUUAACCCCGAACGACGGCUAUAAGAAGAGCCCCCUAUCAGCUCCGUAACCCAAAAGUGUACAGCUGACAGAUCCUGAUUGCUUCAAGUGGUCUCUCUUUGGUUUUUCCAAUGAUUCUUCCAGCCUGUCUCUUCCAAUGACACCAUCCCCCUUCGAAUGUCCCUUCCCCGGCUGUGGCCUUAGCUACCGACGCAAAGAACACUUGACCCGCCAUGCAAAACUCCACUCUAAAUCUCAAUCGUUCGAAUGUCCCUUUUGUGACCGAUCCUUUGCUCGAAGCGACACUCUAAGACAUCAUGUUCGCUCUUAUCAUCCAGAUAAAGAGUUGACAUCAUCCAGGGCAACGCGGGCCUGUAAUUAUUGUCGCGCGCGGAGGUCGAAAUGUAAUGGAAAUGAUCCAUGUAAUAGGUGUGUUCGACUGGGGAAGAAGUGCUCUUAUUCAGAACGGUCGCAACGGGAAUUGCUAUUGUCAAGGACGAAUUCGAAUUCGAUUGCUCGAUCGGAAGGGCUUGAAUCGAGUCCGUGCAGAGUUGCACCCUAUGUCCAAGCUUAUUUUGAUAAAUUUCAUUCGGAAUGGCCUUUUUUGCAUCCAGCAACGUUCGAUCAUACUCGAGAACCGGCUUUUCUGCUUCAAUCGGUUACGAUGAUGGGGAUGUGGGUGACCAGGGAGAAAAGUGCGCAGGAGAGGGCGAAGGAAUUGCAUAAGAAGUUGAUUUCCUGCAUAUAUGAGCAGAGGGAUAAUUGGGCUGUAUCAGAGGAUUAUGGGACAGCUGGGAAAAGUCCGCACAUCCGCGUCUCUGAUUCUCCUGCUUGGCCUUUAGCAACAUAUCAAGGGAUCCUGCUACAAAUGAUUUUCUCCCUCCUCCAAAAUCAAGAACCUUCCAAUCUGGACUUGGCUUCAAACUUGCCCGAAUUACCUUCUCAACUCCUUCGCGCUCUCGUUCGCAGCUGUUGCAAACGAAAUAUCCUGUUCUACCCCUCAAUACUCUCCCAAUUCAACAAUAGAGAAAACCCCGAAGUAUUUGUCUGGCUUGGUAUCGAGGAAGUAAAACGUUUUGCCUUAUCCUUGUAUCGAAUAUGCCAGCGAGUUCGACUCCAUGAUCCCAGGGAGCUGGACGAGGUACCUGAUUACAGCAGCUGGGCGCUAUCAUGUCGGUCUGGGAGACAUCUGCUGUCUCUGGCUGACUUGCAAUUUGCUUUGCCUGAUAGUGACGAGCUUUGGCAUAUGACCUCGGGAUUGGCUGCAAAAUUGGCUGGGAGAUCAGCAGCGUAUGCUGAUGCUAAUACGGAAGAGCAUUGGAUUUCUCACGCUGUGCGGCUUCUGCAGCCACAGGGUGAACAGUUUGGCUGGAUUUGAUUCGUGGGAGUUACUUGUGAAAAGCUGUGAAAAAAAGCUUCGACAGCGUCUAGCAGUGAUCGGUGAUCAGGUAGUUGGGAUAACUCCCACUUUUUCUGGAAGGAGUAAUCGGAGUCUUCAAAGCUCCCACGGGAGCAAUCAAGAUAUGGUGUCAGUUUUCAGUUGCCGAUUUGGACAUUAUUUGGGAGAAAACUCCUGA